AUGAACGGUCAUGCUGAGGACAGGGAAAUCAGGGCGAUUGCUAAGUUUAACUUUGAAGGCAAAAACAACGACGAGGUAAGUUGGUGUGCAGGUUUUGCAAUUUUUAUAUCUUUCGUAAGAUCUAAAGUACGCCUUAGAAAUUGGGCUUAAAUUAAAGCUAUUUUAAUGGAUUUUAAUUUAAAGUUAGCUUGUUAAGGUUACUGUUUUAGCUGACUUUUCAAAAGAACGAUGUAAUAACGAUAACACAACAGCUUGAUGGUGGUUGGUGGGAAGGUUGUUUAGAUGGAGUUGUUGGAUGGUUUCCUUCAGAUUACGUUGGUCUAGUGAAAACAGAAAGUAUGUUUUUGCUUUUUUAUUUUUUUUAAAAUUAUUUUAGGGUACGUUUUCAUUGAUAAAUGACACUUUAUCUCAUUUUAGGUAGUCCCAAAUCGAACGGGGUUUCUCACGACGUGGUUGACGGAUCUUCAGAAGAGCUUGAGCGUCAAAAGUCUACCUUCAGAACAGCAGUUGUUGAGAAAUUUAUAGAAGACGAAGAUCAACAUAUUGGAGUAUUGCAAGAGGUUAACAAUCUCAUAUUACCUAUUAUAUUUGAAGCGAAAAUGUAAGUUGAUUUUUAUAUUUAGUGAUUUUGGAGUUUAGAUUUUCACCACAAGAACAGGUUGAUAUACGAUCAAAUUUGGUGGACAUAAUUGAAGUGAAACAGAACAUUUUGGCUCAACUUGAGUCUGCUUUCAGGUGAGUUGAUCAAACUCAUGGUUAAUAUAAUUUUUAAAGUAUUUUGGAAGGUUUGUUGUUUUAAACUGGUUGUAAAAGUUUUAGAAGCCUAUAUACUGCAAAAAUUAAAUAGAGAUUGAAAAUUUUUAUUAGUUUUACUAUGAGUUUUUACUAUUCUUGUUUACAACAUACGAUUUUCAGCAGACAAAUUCCAGACCAGCGAAUUGGUGACAUUUUUCUCAAAAAAGCAGCAGAUUUAAAGGUCUUACUACGCAUUUACUGUUGGAACCAUCCGCUAGCUAUUCACAUCAUUACAAAGAAGUCAAAGAAACAUGAUGAUAACCUAGAAAGACAAAAGAAGAUAGAUAAUGUAUUGAAGAAAGAAGAUCGCGGGUUCAAAGAUCUGAUAGCUGGAUUGAGUUUGGUCUUUAGGCAUACUGACAAGUAUGCUUCGUUCUUACUGGAAGUUGAAAGGAAUACCAGCAAAAACCAUCCAGAUCUGGGCAAUUUGCAAAGAGCUUCGGCUGUUUACAGGGAAAUUUCAGUGAGUUUUGAAUGGUUUUUUUAGUUUUUUUGAGCUGUUCUUGGAUUAGAAAGGUUAAAAUAAUUUUAUUUGAUUAGAGAUGUUAAAAUGAUUUUUAAAAAUCAAUUUCAGGAAGACUGUGUAUCUAUGAGGAAGCAAAAAGAACUUCAGUUAGAGUUCUUGAAUUCUGGAUUUUUGGAAAAAUCUGUAGGAAAGGAUCAUCAAGAAAAACUAGGACCUUUGAUACAUUUUACAUCAGUUACUGUAACACAACCAAAUCAGCAGGAUCCAGAGACAGUUCUGGAUAGGUAAGAGCAAAUAUUAUUAUGGUUUUUGAAUUUAGGUAACAAGAAGACUUUUUUUUAAUUAAAGGAAUAACAAGAAUUUUUAAAUUUAGGUAAUAAAAGGAUGUAUUUUUUAACUUAUUUAAUUAAUUUUUUAAAUUUUUUUAAAAAAUAUUUAAUUUUUUUUGAAAUUUUAGGUAAUAAGUAUUAGUUUUUACAAUUUACAAACUUGAAAAUUUUUUGAUGUUUUACUCAUUAACGACUAUUUUUGCAUUUUUAUUAUUGUUUAUAGAUUAAAAAAUGAUUUAUAACAGGAAAGCAUGUAAUAAUAAUGUUUUAGAUCAGUAGUGUUGUGUGCCAAAGCCUUGUUACUUCUGGAGCCUUCAAUAGAGAAGAAUGCAUAUAUUUUAAAGGAAAAGCUGGCCACAAAUGGACUGAAAGUUGUGAAAGAAGAGAAUUCUUUAAAGAUUUCUUUUUCAAAAGGUAUGAUUUUGUUUUUUAGUUGAUUUUUAGGCUUAAACUUGAAAAUUGUAUUACAAUAUUUUAAAGCCUUUUAACUAUUAAACACGUAAAAUUGUUCAUUUUCAGACAACAUAGUACUGGUCAUUAUAUCAUGCUUAUCAGCCGACGAUUUUCACCGCUUUUCGUUGGCUUUAACUCAAUGUCAGGGCAUUGAAUUGAAGUCAGAAUCUGUUCAGCCAACUCCAGUAGCUUCUACACCGGAUUCUACGGAAAGCUUCACCACAGAAGUCUACAGGAAUCUUAAACCAGCGUUGUCCAAGAAGAAUUCGUAGGUUUUUUAAUUUGUUUUUAAGCGUUUAGGCUUAUAUUAAGGUUUUUCAAGUAAUUAGUGCCCUCUAACUCUGUAAAUUGGCUUUGAGAGGGGGCACAUAAUAUUAUGAACAACGUAAAAUUAAGAUAGUUUUUGCUUUUUUUGGUGUUUUAUUGUCAAAUUUGAGUUGGUUUUUUAUGUUUUAGAUAUUCAAUUUGGUGUUGGUAUCAUUUUUUAUAUAAAUUGUGUUGUUUUAGUAUAUAAAACAAUCAUAUUUUUACAUUUUUUACCAUUUGAUACCUAAUUUUACUCAAUUUUUAGCAUCACAUCGAACGGAGAUCUAAAACUGAAUCAUGACAUAGAGAUGAUUGAUCCGGACUUUUUUGCUCAAUCUUGUGAUCUCUCAAGAAGCACUUCAUUAAGACCAGUAUCUAGAAAUGGCACGAAAAGCAACAGAAAUGCGAAGCUUUAUUCAGGAUCAUGCUUAAGGCCGAUUCCGCCUAACAGAAGCGCCGUAGCUCUACAGAACUCGGCUUCAUCGAGCAGUAUCAAGCUGAGGAAGGGAUGUAAGUGAGAGAUCUUGAUUAGAAAGGGGUUUUUUUGGGUAAAAAAGGCGUUUUUCUUAGGUAAAAGGUGGCUAGAAAGGCUUGAAAAAGUGUUAUAAGGCUGUUUUUGGUAUUGAAUUAGGUAUUUUAGGGUCUUUUUUAUCUUAUAGUAGGCAAAUUUUAACUUUUUACGUAUUUUUUUGAUUUUUUAUUAGGUAUUGAUUAUAAAAAGCUAAGUAUUAUACUCUUUUUGCUAAAAAAGACUUCUUUUUACUACUUUUUCAACUUUUAGUAACCGCCGAAGAGCAAGAAGAUGCCUUCCUUUUCAAAAUCAUCGAAGGUUAUCACGCUCCACAGCCACAAUCGACCAAUGUAUCAAAAUAUAGCUCAAGAAUGAAUAUAUCGUCCAGCUCUCUACAUCACAAACAGCCAUCAUUCACGGAAGAAGUACGACCACAAGUUAUAGUAGCUGGUGACGAGAAGCUGUUGAUAGAAGAAUCGACCGAUGAUGGAGUUGUCUUCAAAGAGAAAACGUUGGUGGAUACUGUUUAUGAUAUGAGUACAAGAAUGAUUAGUCUGGAAAAGGUGGGUAGUAUAAUGUAGAUUCUAAAGGUCAGACUAGGGUUAGUCCGGCUUUUUUACAUGGGUAAUAUAAGGUAGACCAGAAAGGGGUUUACCAGGUCUUCAAUGGUUGCUUUACAUGGGUAAUAUAAUUAGCAUGAGUUAAUUGUCUUGGUCUAUUAGGUUAUUCAAAUAAUUUCUGCUCUUUAAUCUUGAAAAUUUGUUUUGAGAGGGGGCACAGAAUUACUUGAACAACCUAACAAUUUUAAAGGUACUGAUCAAUAGAAAAAUAAGUUUUGUUGUUUUUUAACUUGAAUUUGCACGGGAAACAACGACAAGACUUUUUUAAAACGUUAAUAUAUGGAAAAAAAGUGAGGGUUGAAGCCUAGUUUUGGGGCUUUAAAUUAUUUUUUGGUUAUUCUUCAUGAAAAACUUUUAAAAUUUUGGUUUAAAAUUAGUUAGAAAAAUAUUUUUCUAAAAACUGAAUAAAGAUGACAUUUUUAAAAGUUUUUCGAUAUUUUUUAAACAUUUUGGGAGAUUUAAAAAUUUUGUUACUCCAAAAACCGCGUUACUUGCAGCAAAUCCACGACUUGACUAAAAUCGUCGUCCAAGAGCAGAAAAGCCGACGCCGACUAGAGGAAAGCCUACGACGCCAAAGCAACAACUUUUCUCACACUUCAUCACCCAAACCCGAACUGAUCGAAAGCACAAGCAGUUAG